UGAAAAGAAAAAUUAUGAAAAAUUACGAAACCCGAGGAAGAAGAAGAAGAAGGCGACACUCACACAGCUCACCAGUCAUCUUCUUCACCAUUUCGAAUGUUAGGGUUCAAACAAUCAUGAUUCCCUUAUCUCUCAAUCCAAUCCAAUUCUCUUCCUCUCUCAAACCUCCCAUCGUCAGACCAAAUCCCUCCUUAUUCAAAUCCUCGCCGGAUCGGAAACUCGGACCGUACGAGGUAAGCUCCGACUUCUCCAACUUCGAUUUCCGGUUGUUGCGGAGGAAAAUCGGAGUCGGUAUUUGCCGAGCGGAGCUCUCCCACGACGCGCCGUUCGUCGCCGCCAUCGGCGCUUGUAUGCUCUCUUCGCUGGUUCUGCCGGUGGCCGGAGCUCCCGACGACGACGAGGAUGGUGAGGAUGCGGCUAUUGAUUCUACAGAUGCUAGGUUUGGGGUUAUGGGAAUCAUCAGCUUCAUUCCUUACUUCAAUUGGCUGAGCUGGGUUUUUGCGUGGCUUGAUACUGGGAAGAGGCGCUAUGCAGUGUAUUCUCUAGUUUACUUGCUUCCUUACAUCAGGUCAAAUCUGUCAUUGUCACCGGAGGAGAGCUGGCUGCCUAUUGCUAGCAUUGUUUUGUGUAUUCUUCACGUUCAGAUCGAAAUAAGUAUUAAAAACGGAGAUAUUCAAGCCUUUCAAUUUUUUAGUGAGGCUUCAAAGCGUGUUUCAUCAGCAUCUAGAAGGAAGGAUUCAUUGAAGGGGAGGAAAAACGAGCAAAUAAAUCUGUCAUCUGCUGAUGAGCAAUCCAGGAACAAAAUUCGAGGGUCGGGAGUUCCCAGAGAGCCCCUACAUGAUAAUGAACACUUGAAUGACGAUUGGGAUGAAGACGACAGAAGGAAGCACUAGAAAGUCUCGCUUGCAUUGCAGAAAUAAUGAACUCUCAACAUUUGACACUGUGAUUUAGAUAAAACAUGUUUACCGCUUGUAUCGGUCCCCAAAAUGAACAAGAGUAUGAUUGAAAAGCCAACGUUCAUAAGAUUGAGAAUUACCAGUUUCUACACUACAAAUGUAUUGGCAUACAUACUAAUAGAAUGAAUUUAGCUUUGUAUUUUUCAUGGUAGCAUAUCACUUGUUUUGAAAGGACAAUUUUCUGACAACAGGGUUUAAUUUCAAAGCCUCAAAUG